CUCUCUCUCUCUGAAAUUAAACAUGAUUUUAUGGUGACCGUUCAUCGUAUUUUUCACGCCGCUAACAACAAACCCCAUUUCAAUCACCCAAAAAAACAACUAAGCCCAUUCCCAUUGGCGGUGGUCGUUUCAAUUGCUUAGCAUAACACGUAUCCCUUAUGAUUUUUGGGGCCGUAGCUUUCAAUCUGCCAAAUUGCAGUGGAGUUUUCGGAGGAAGAAUCAACAAAAAAUAACAAAUCAAAGCUCACCCACAAUCUCACAACCUCGCUCUCCACCCUUCAUGUCCUAUCACCAUUACACCCCCUCCUUCCCCCCAAAAUCUAGACCCAUCCUUCUCAUCCUCUUCCAUCUUACCCUAUAUUAUCGCUGUUCUUUCGUUUCUUAUCUCUCUCUCUCUCUCUAAAUCCCCGCUACACUUAGUGGAGGUUUCGUUUGGGGUUUGAUUCUCCUUCCCAUGAAAAAGAUAUAUCAUUUUUGGUCUUCGUUGUGAGCUCAUAGUUAUGGCGUUAAUUGAGACAUUUUUUGAGAUUCUAAAAAGACCCACAAUUGGGGCAAUAAUUGCGGAGCUGAUGAUGUUUCUGGGUCCUCUGGGGAUUGCUUUUCUUCUAGGGAUUAUGGUUGGAUGGGCUUGGAAACCCAGAUGGGCUAGCUUAGGGAAUUGUAAAUUCGAUUUUUCCACACCUUCCUCGCCGUCUGCUUUGAAUUUAACCCCGGUGAAGGCUUUUGGUUCAACCCAAUGCUUGGAUUCGUACCAGGCCCGGACCCCAAGUUUUAGCUCAGGUGUCGUCCAUAACAGCAUGGAUUUUAAGGAAGAAAUUACAUUUCCAUCAACCGAAAUUUCGAGUUGCAGUUCAUCACAGCUGAAGAAUGAGGAGAGUGUUGUCAUCACAAAGGAGGAUUUAGAACAUUUAUGCCAUCUUGUCGAGAGGAAAGAUGGAGGUCCCACUUGGAAACAUUUGAUGGACCGUUCAAACCCCAAUAUGAGCUACCAAGCAUGGCAGAGAGAUCCUGAGACCGGUCCUCCUCAAUACUGCAGCAGAACUGUCUAUGAGGAUGCCACACCUGAAUUGUUAAGGGAUUUCUUCUGGGAUGAUGAGUUCCGACUGAAGUGGGACGACAUGAUAUUACAUGCUGCUACUCUAGAAGAAUGCCCCACCACAGGAACCAUGGUUGUACAUUGGAUACGAAAGUUUCCCUUCUUCUGUAGUGACAGAGAAUACAUCAUAGGUCGUCGAAUUUGGGAAUCAGGAAGAUCAUAUUAUUGUGUGACAAAGGGAGUGCCCUGCUCUUCUGUUCCAAGACGGGACAAACCAAGACGUGUUGACCUGUACUAUUCAAGUUGGUCCAUUCAAGCAGUCGAAUCAAGAAAAGGGGAUGGCCAUCUGACUGCCUGUGAGGUGUUGCUCUUCCAUCAUGAGGAUAUGGGCAUCCCAUGGGAAAUUGCAAAGUUUGGAGUACGGCAGGGUAUGUGGGGAACAGUCAAGAAGAUUGAGCAUGGUUUCCGUGCCUACCAGAAGGCACGAGCAUCUGGGGCACCAGUAUCUCGGCCUGCAUUUAUGGCUCAGAUCAACACAAAAAUCGAUCCAGACUAUCUGAAAUCCUUGGAAGGUGAUGAAGAUACAUCAGAGACUGAAGUUAUGGGUUCCCCUAAGAAGCUAAAUGGCAUAAACGUACCAAAGCUUCUCAUUUUUGGCGGGGCAGUUGUCCUUGCUUGUAGUCUUGACCGGGGGUUCUUGACUAAGGCAGUUAUAUUCGGUGUUGCCAGAAGAUUUGCAAACAUAGGAAGGAGAGCAUGUCCAAGGACGUAAUUGUUCACUCAUUUGUACAACUAAGCUGUUUCUCUCUUUGUACCUGCUCGUUAUGAGCUUUUGUCACUCGCAUCUAACGAAAGAUGACCGUCGAUACUUUCUAUUAAUUAUUUUUGGUUUACAUUGUCACUCACAACUGCGAAUAAGCUUUUUCUGAAUAAAUAAAUAUACUUGUUGAAAACAUAGGGUGAAAAGAUGUUUUGAUUUAUAAUAUAGUAGGAGUAACUCGUGCUUGAAGUUAUGGUGAAAAUUUAAAUAGGAUGUUAGUAAUUGUUGG